AUGUAUCGUCCCAACCUCACUGUCGACUGUGCCCUUGCCCGGCUCACCAAGGAGUUGGAACAGACCUCACCGCUUCCUAGCACGCCAGCAACCGCACGCUCUAUCGGCAUACCAGCCACGAAGCUUACCAGCAUUGAAUACUCGCCCGUACCCGAGGAAGCACCCGACCGAGACGAGCCCUUCGAUUUCCAGGCCCUUCCACCUGAGCUGCGUAACAAGACCUAUCAUAUCGCUCUCGCUCACGAUGUUUCCGAGGGGAUGAUGCCUAACACGGCGCUCCUGCGAACAUGCAAGCAAAUCCACGAUGAAGCCUUCCUCUUGAUCGAAGACUUGGGCCGCAUCGCUCUCGAAGUGGAAGUUGGUGAUCAUGGUACUCUGCAAGUCCGCGGUAACGUUCAAGGCGGCAUCAAGGUCUUCGACAACUUCGCACCAUUGGCCGAAUUCGAACGCAUUUUCCCCGAUUACCUCCACCGCUUCUCACAAGUGGACGUUUCCAUCAAACUGGCAGACCAAGAAGACAAAGACACCCCAAGCGACCUUUACCUCCAGACCUUUGGCACCGUCAACCGAUUUCUCUUCAGCCUGGCCAACGAACUAAAAUCACAAAACGGUCUCCAUCGGCCAAGUACCCAGCAACGCAAACCCACCAUAACCAUCGAAAUCAACUCAACCUGCCUUGCCCUCGAGAACCGCGCCACCCUAGCCGAAGAACUCCUCUACCCCCUCGCCAAAAUCCCCCUCACCUACAACCUCUCCAUCGCCGAAAACUCCAUCUCAGCCGAAACAGGAGACCUCCUCGCCGCCCUACGCGAACACCACAACCGCCCAGCCUCCACCGUGGCGCCGGAAGUCCACUACAACCUCCUAACCCAAUGGAACCUCACCAAAACGCAUCUCACUCUCACCACCCAUCUCAACGUCCAGCCCAACCAUCAACGCAUCCGCCUCUCCAGAACAGCACCACACCGCACCAUCGCCUUACUCCGGCUCAAACAUUUCGGUAAAGCGUGUUAUCAUUUGCUUGAGUCGGUGAUUGAGGAUCGCGCGAUCGUGUUCUCGCAGAGGAGUGAGAAUCGGGUUUAUGGGACGUUGGUGACUUUGCAGCGUGUUCUGCAGACUUUGGGCAGAGAGAGGGGGUUGAGUGUGGAGAAGCUUCAGGAAGAGUGUGAGGAGAUUGAGAUGGGGUUUGCGAGGAUGGUAGGGGAUAGGUCGCCGUUGGCUUGA